AUGUAUUGUCUGAGUGCGCAGUCGAGGCACGUGGUGAAUGAAGCCAUACAACGAAGGGAGCUGGCGUUGCCCCCAGGUCCCAAGGCAUACUACAUGGCAAUCCGAACUGGUCUAUGCAACGCCUACCUCGCAGCCAGCGUCGUCUGCAGUAGCUUGGUUUGCACAAGCAAAACCGGUCGCAUGGGUACGGCAGGGAAGACCUUGAAGUUUCUGUCGAGCGCGGUGCCUGUGGUCGGUGGGCUUGCGGGCUUGGCUGCAGCAGCUUUGAAUGCGGGAGACCGCUAUCUGCAAACUCGACGAGUGUCGAAGAUCUGCGACAUUGCGCCCGACUCGGCUGGCUGUUGUUCGCUGGCGAGGACGUUGGCGUUGCAACUCUCGGAUGGGUAUGUGGACGGCGCCCUCCCCACGACUGACACGGCUGAAGAACGUGGCACGCACACCACAGCAGGCGGGGGCGGAUGGAGCCAAGAUAUUGGCGCCUCGCCAGACCCUGCGACCGAGGAAGCCGUCAUGGACUGGUUUGUCGAAGAAGUGGCGGACUACGAGCCGAACAACCUCGACGCAAGGAAAACGACUCCUGCCGUACAGGUAUACGAAGACCUCUGAGAGCUUUAUUGCCGUCGAAGCCUUUGUGUUUCCAGUCCUGCUUGACGAACAUGGUGACAUGGACAGCAGCCAUCUUGCACGCCGUAUUUUAGCCAGCUACAAGAUCCCCACCGCUCUUUCUUAUCGCCACCGUCCUUUCAGGC